UAUUCAAUCAUUGACUGUUGAAGAAGAAAAUACAGAAAAUAAAUACAUUUCCUCUCUAGCAGAAGGACAAGGCAGACAAAAUACAAAUGAUGUAUAUGUAAUUAAUCUAAUUAGAAAAUCAUUCAAAGUUAGAUUAUUAAUACUUAAGCAAGAUAAUACUUGUCAAUUAACUCAAGAUGAAGAUAUUGGACAAAAUGCUAGCUUACCAUCAUCAGCA